GUUGGAUUCUUUGAGUACUAGUUAUAUAUAUUGAAAGUUAUAUAUAAGAUGGCAAAUAAAAUUAUUUCGUUGAUAGCUUUAUUAUUAAUUGCAAAUAGUUUUCAAAGCAUGGCAUCUCCAUUUCGUUAUGGCAGCGAAGAGGUUCUCGAUUUAUGUCGCAAGGAAGUGCCUGUUACGAAUGCGGAAUUGGAAGAGUUAACAUUCAUCGACGUUAAUUUAAGUGAAAAUGCUAAGUGCUUUAUGAGUUGUGUAAUGAAAAAAUUUAAAUUGAUUGAUGAAUCUGGAGCUAUCAAUGUGGAGGCAGCACUGAGUGCAUCCGAAUCUAUCCUUGGAAAAGGUUCGGAAGCAUUGGAAGCUCUUGGCGGUAUUAUAAGUACAUGCAAUGCAAAUAGAAGUGGAGAUAAUACUUGUGAUGAAAUUGUUGAACUUGUUAGAUGUGUUCAAUUUAGUAUGUUGACUGAUGAAUCACUAAGAGCAUUUAUGUAAUUAAGAAAAAUAAUACAAAUUAAUACAUAUGUUAACGAUUAUUAU